CCAAACUGCGCGAGCAGAAAGUCGGAGGGAUGCUUUACUGGAUCCAAGUCGAGAGCUGUGUUGCUGGCUGAAAAUGGGACACGCAUUAUCCCUUGUUGAUGGAUGAAAAACAAGUCCAGAAAUCUAGCCGUUUAGCAGAAACGGGAAACCUCCUCCAGAGACAGCUUUUGAUCUUUUUUUUGCUGCACCUUCCCAGCGGGCAUACCCCAAACAGACCCCCACAUUCCCUCACUCUGUAUCAUGCUGUACACCCUCCCACAACUUUUAUUCCUCCACGGCCAUCCUUUGUUUGCCUUGAUUCCUUUACCAUCCCAAAGAGACUGGCUCUAUCACCAAUUCCUUCCUCUGCAAUUCCCCUCGACAGUCUCCCUUCGUCAAGUACAGUGCCUGCUGGAGAGGUACCCGCAAAAGCCUUGCGGUGGCCGGCUCACCACCCACUUUUAAAAAGAUUCACGCACGCACGAUAAAAAUAAGAGAGGGGAGCACUCAGUCCCAGUCCCGCCUGUUCCGCAGGGGCCCGACUUACACCCACCCGAUCCAAUCAAGCGCUGUGCCUGACCUCCCGACUGUUUAUCUGCACACCCCUCCGGUCUAGACGAACGGAAGAGGAAAGGAGGAGGAGAGUGGGGAGAGGGAAAAAAGCAAAGAAAAAAAAAUAGAAGCUCGACCCCGCCACACGCAUUUGUGCUUGGUGUGUGAUACGCAGAUACGGCUAAGCACCACUACAACCAAACAGCUCCGCUACCACCUUCCGCACGCACGCACACGCCAGACCGUGUCGUCCUUCACUCUCAGCCUUUCGGUCCUUUCAUAUCACCCCCUACCGCGUUAGCAGAAACCUACCCACGCCCGCGGCCCUUGCUGUGAGCGGCCGCUUUUGUUUGCCUUACCUAAGGCGCCGCGCCCUUCACGCACACACCCCCUUGGGCCCAACCUUUUUUUUCUUAUCCGGACCUUUCCCUCCCUUGCUCCGCGCCCUUCCCCCUUCCCGACCAUGUCCUCCUCCAUAUCCAACCCAUCAGCAACAGGCGCGAGCACGACGACGAUAGCAACAUCAUCGGCCACAGCCACAGCAGCGGCUCAAGAUGCCUCGGGACAACAGCCCGCCGCCGCCGCCGCCUCCGCCUCCGAACUCGCCGGUGCAAAGAUAGAGCUGUUCAACGCCCUGCGGCGCUUCCCCGACUUCCCCAUCCCCGGCAUCGUCUUCCUCGACAUCAUGCCGCUCUUCCUCGACCCGGCCAUGCACGCCACCCUGCUGCGCGCCCUCGAGCUCCAGGUGCAGUCCUUCUCCGCGGGGUCCGCCGCCGCCGCCGCCGCCGCCGCCGCCGCCGUCGCCUUUAAGCCCGACGUCGUCGCCGGGCUCGACGCCCGCGGCUUCCUGUUCGGCCCCUCGCUGGCCCUGCGCCUCGACGCCGCCUUCGUCCCCGUCCGCAAGAAGGGCAAGCUGCCGGGACCCUGCGUCACCGCCGCCUACGAGAAGGAGUACGGCCAGGACUUUUUCCAGGUCCAGGAGGGCGCCAUCAAGCCCGGCCAGAAGGUACUGGUCGUGGACGACAUUAUCGCCACUGGCGGAUCUGCCUCGGCGGCCGGCGAGCUAGUCCGCAAGCUGGGCGGUGAGCUUGUUGGCUAUCUCUUCCUCCUCGAGAUUGCACCGCUCAAGGGCAAGGAGAAGCUUGGCGACGUGCCUGUCAUCACCCUGCUCGAGGAGGCUGAGUACCCGACUGCCUAGAGACAGAGCGGUCGCGGGGAAAGGGGAUAUCUAUUCUAAUUUUUUUUGUUUCUUUCUGGAAAACGACGGAUGACAGGUGGCAAGAACGAGAGCAAAAACAAAAGCAUAAAAAAAAACAUAGAAAAAGAAAAGAACGCUAGGGGACGCGUCCCACGGAGAUGCAUUCCAUAUUGACAUGCUGCUCCGCUCCGCUUUCCUCUUCCCCCACCUGCAGGCAGAAAAUUGCAUGCAAAAAGGGGAUCACGCCAUUGUGGAAGCGUUCGCGCCCCAUCCACUGGAUCAAGACGGGGGGUUCCGAGGGAAAAAGGAGCAAACAAAAGACCCCUGUUUUUUUUCCCCAGCCCGUCUCGUUCAAAUCAUGUACCGAGGUAUGCUUACUUUUUUUUUUCUUGAGCAUAUUCAGCAUCCCCCAGCCGGGGCUAGGUGCAUGCAUAUGGCAGUGACACGGUUGUGCGAUGGCGUCAGAAGUUGGCUCGUUCUUUUUGGUGGCAACACGAUCCAUCAUGCCAUCUACAUAUCUCUGGCUACGUUUCUUCCCCGAUAUUUCUCCCUCUUAUCCUGGCCGGCGGGGUGACAUCAUGGAUAGACAGGGCGAUGCGGCAAGUGGAUUUGUAAGUAUGGGUUUAUGAUAGCUCAUGGGCGUGCCAUACAUGUUCGCACUAAGGAAUAUAUAGAAUCCCUCGCUCGGGCGGCGUGGGACAUCCGAUAUGUUUGGACACAUUUGAAUCGGCUGGGAACAGUUGGCUGAAUAGGCUGGUCUCGGCUUGGGACAGUUCCCAGCUAGGAUUUCGGCUCACUACGAUGGAACCCCAGUACCAUGAAUACCUACUGUGUCUAGAUUCACGGGAUCGAAGCUCCCCAUCGUAUGCUCGAGAGAAUCCAACGUACUUGUAAACAUUCCUGAUAUUGUAAAACGAGAAUGGCCCGUCUAAUUACAAAGGAGCCUUGCGACUCGCGAAAUUGACACCUGGUAAAAGCCUGAAAAAACAAGAAAGAAACCCGACAAUGCAAACAUGCUAUGCAUCAUAACCAUAUUUUGUCCCCCCGCCCCGUCUCCCG